AUGGCCCAGAUGGCAACCACUGCCCCUGGUGUGGCUGUGGGCUCUGCUGUAGGCCACACACUUGGCCAUGCCAUCACUGAGUGCUUCAGUGGAGGAAGUAAUGCUGAGCAUGAAAGACCUGACAUCACUUACCAGGAGCCCCAGGGAAUGCAGGUAUACCAGCAGCAGCAGCAGUUUGGCCCAUGCCACUAUGAGAUGAAACCGUUCUUGGAGUGUGCCCAGAACCAAGGUGACCUUAAGCUUUAUGAGGGUUUCAGCGAGGUGCUGAAACAAUGCAAAUUUGCAAAUGGAUUAGCCUAA